AUGUUACAAGCUGUAGCUGACUUUUAUGCCUUCCUUGCCAUCGAGUUGAUACAGAAACCGGCCGCUUUCAACUAUUUCAAUCUGUCGUUGGAUAAAAUGCAUAAACUUGCGAUCUGGAAUCGAUUUACCGUAUUCGCAAGUGUUUUUACACUAUGGGCAAUCUUCAUUAUACAUCCGCUUCCAUUUAUCAUUUUAUAUGAACACACAAUUCAUUUCGUUGUCAGCAGCGACGGAUCGGCCAGCUUGUCCAGCCCCGUUAUGGAUCAUAUGUUUGCCAUUAUUGCUUGUACACGAAGUGCAGCUACCAUAAUAUUGUGCUCGAUAUUUUACAUAUGCGCCUUCAUUAAAUGCCGACAGAUGACGUCGGGGAAAACGCUUGUCGAACGGCGAUUGCUUAUAUGCGCUUUGGCAUCUUCUGCUGGAUUUAUACCUAACUUCAUAGGCGCUGUUAUUCUGACAACGAUUCCUCCUGCGGGAAACGAAAAACUGCUGAGUUUCACUGUUCUGUUAUGGUUUUACGAAAACGAAAUCAUGGCGACUAUAGCAGUUUGGUUACAGUUAUUACUCAACAAAAAUGUCUCUGAAACAAAUCUGAAGUCCCAUUCUGCAAAUUAUGAAACCGAUGACAUGGUCUAUCCCGGUACCGACUGGAUUCGAUCCACAGCACUACACUGA